AUGGGCUGGUUCGCGUCUCUCUUUUCCCCGGACUCGUCCCAGCGCUCUAGGAAGGGUCAAGCUUUGUCGUCAACACACGAAGCCUUUUCUCUCCCUACCUCAUCACCCGUUUUCAGCACUCAUCCCGAUGCAUUCGACCCGUCUGCACUUAACACUCCUGAUGUUGACGCGGUUGUCAGCCCUUCCUCAUAUACCUACCCACCGCAGGGUCCAAGCUCGUAUGGCUAUGUUCCGACUUCUGCUGGGAUACGCACCCAACAGGGUUCUGCAUCAUUACUGCCAACCCAUAUGGACCCUAUGCACACCCCUUUAUCACCAAAAUAUCUUUACCCUCCUUUAUCAAACACCUGGAAUCGCAUUCGCACUUGGCUAAACCGCGAAUACCCCGAACUAGGCGAUACCCUCAACUACGGAAUUUUACCCCAAGACCUCGCCGACAUAGAGAUGCAAUUCGGUUUUGCCCUCCCAGCUGCAGUUCGCGAAUCUUAUCUAUGUGUAGACGGCCAGGAAGCCGAGUCCGCGGCUGGAUGUGCUGAAGGUCUGUUUUUUGGAUUGACUUUACUUCCACUUGAAGGCGUUCUGGAGGAAUGGCGGUUCUGGAGAGAAGUCGAUGAUGACUCUACCACUGGUGCGAACCCCAACCUUCGUGAAGUUAUGCAGUCUAUUCCUCCUGGAUGGGUUCGGAAGGAAUAUUCUCAGAGAGGGUGGAUCCCACUCAUUGCCGACAAAGCUGGCAACUAUGUUGGUGUUGACCUAAAUCCUGGCGAAGGCGGUUCUGUGGGCCAGGUCAUUGUUUUUGGACGUGACUUUGAUACUAAAGUGGUGUUGUGGAGAGGUGAUGGUCCGGGUGGAUGGGCAAAGUUCUUGGCGGCUUUCGUGGAAGAACUAGAAAGUGGAGAAGGGUUUGAAAUCGGUGCCAAUGAUGCAAGCGAAGGAAGUGAGGACGAUUUGGGGUAUGAAAGCUACUUCUAUGAUGGAAAUGGACGGGGGCAAGGCGAUGGAGGGGGUGAUAUCGGUUCGGGUGGCUUGCGCCUCACUGGAGAAUACAGGGGUUGGAAUGUAUUUGAAGCGUGGGGUGACCGGAGUGUAAGGAAAUGGCACGAAGCAGGUGUGAUACCAGACACAAUCUUGUCACCGCCCGUGGAGGAUGAGGAUUUGAAAGGAAAGGCUGUCGACAACGUAGGCCUUGGCCUAUCGCAGGGACCUGGCGCCGAGGUAGCAAUACCCGUCCUGCAAGAUGCUACUGAUCCCAUUCCGCCACCGACGGUCGCCGCCCUCAAUACUUCAAAUUCAAAUACGCCAAGAACCCAUUCAUCGCCAAUACCAGCCAGUACCUCCCUGACCAAAAUACCAGCACCUCUUCCUGUAGAGCUUCCCACAGCCAGCGACAUUGUCACCUUGCCAUCUCCACCAGAUUCUGCUCAUUCUUCUAUUGAAGAUUUAGAGUCUGGUCGCCAUACCGGGAUGCGAGAAUUGCGCGAGGAUAUUGGACUUGUAUCCUCAACACGCAAAAUAGUACAACCUCAACCAGCGCUGAGACGUGAAACAUCGGAUGGUGUUGGAUCAGCCUUACCUCUUUCUCCUCCGCCGUCUAUGUCGCCGUCACCCUCCUCUGUGAAAGUGGCGCCUUCAACGCUUCCUGAACUUCUCGUCGAUCUAGCACCAGUCCUCGAACCUUCAUCAUCCAUAUCACCCAGUGAUCAAACUCCCACACAACAGUCCUUGAUUGCAGAUACCUCAGACUUCAUUAUUGGUCUUUCGGACACAGUUGAAGACGAGACUGACCCCAGCACUACAAUCAGAUUAGUGGGAGGCGGCGGGACCGCUGGUCUUGUGGUCGAAAGCCCAAUCGAAUCAUCCCACCCAGAAGAUAUUCCCACCGAAUCCACCAAGGACAGCGACACGGCGUCAGUCACGUCGAUAGCGUUGGAUGCGAGCGGGAAAAAAGGACACAAAAAGACAAAGAGCAGUUUAGCAGGGUUGAAGAAGCUGGGUCAGCUGGGUGGUCUCCGAAAAAAGGACUCGGUCAGUAGCGUGCGAGAUGACACCUCACCAUCCGCAACAACAUAA